AAAAAGUAUUCUCCCCGUAACAAAUGGCGUUUUAUAGUCGUAUUAUCGGCGGCAAGUAUCAGUGUAGAAAUCAUAUAUACACUGUAACUAGAUGUCUGAUGCAGAGCGCUGUGAGCCAACGGACGGGGACGAGCGCCGGUCUUGUGCCACAUCUGAAAGAGAAGUACUUUGCUUUCCCGCCAUACGCAACAAAAACCAAGCCGUCUACACCAGCGAACCCGAAUUGUUAUCAACUAAAUAGUCGAAGGAUCAGCAUAAAAACACAUUCAAUACACUGUGCCAUUGAAUAAACGAUAGACCUCCAUCCACUCCCCCGAUUUCGAUUAGUAGAGCCUGCGGGGUGAAUGACGACAGAGGCGGAAGUAAACCGCGAAACAACUUUUCUAUUCCACACGCCUACCAGGUGAUGAGCUUCCAUACUGUAAUGUUACUCAGAUCACUCGUAGGGAGCGCCUCUACUCUGAUAGGAGCUGCUGCAAGCUUAAAACUCGCUCCCGUAGCCAAAGCGGCGGCUCUCCUGCACAGUACCGUGAGGAAAACUUCCCUGGUUGAACAAGGCGACAUGAGGGUUGAACUCUUGCCGGCUCUCAGCGACAACUACAUGUACCUGCUCAUCGACACGGACACCAAAGAAGCAGCUGUCGUGGACCCGGUGGAGCCCGUUAAGGUUGUAGAGGCCGUCCGAAAACACGGGGUCAAGCUCACCACAAUUCUGACCACCCAUCACCACUGGGAUCACGCUGGUGGAAAUGAGAAGAUGGUGAAGCUAAUGCCCGGCUUGAAGGUGUACGGAGGAGACGAUCGAGUCGAUGCCAUCACAAAGAAAGUCUCUCACUCCAGCAACUUGAAAGUGGGCUCACUUAACGUCAAAUGUCUGUUCACGCCGUGCCACACGACCGGCCACAUCUGCUACUACGUCACCAAAGACGACAGCUCCGAGCCUCCGGCGGUUUUCACGGGGGACACUCUGUUUAGUGCCGGUUGCGGGAAAUUCUUUGAGGGCACCGCGGAGCAGAUGUACAAAGCCUUGAUUGAAAUUCUGGGCCGCCUUCCAGCCGAAACGCGAGUGUACUGCGGUCACGAGUACACCGUCAGCAAUCUGAAGUUUGCGCGCUGCGUCGAACCGGACAACAAAGACAUUCAGGAGAGGCUGGUCUGGGCCAAGGAGAAAUGCAGCAAGGGCGAGCCCACCGUCCCGUCCACUUUGGGGGACGAAUUGACAUUUAACCCGUUUAUGAGAGUCAAAGAGAAGUCCGUACAAGACCACGUCGAGCAGACCGACCCGAUCGAAGCCAUGAGGAGCCUUCGUAAAGAGAAGGAUGCCUUCCGAGUGCCGAAAGAGUGAUGGCUGCUUUUACUGCCAAACGAUGACAUCAUUUCCAACUUUUGCAACCAAACUUGUGCACUUUGAGCCCAAAGUAAAGCUACAAACUGGCACUCAAAGUCGCGGUCGGCUGUGGGACGAUGGCCGUCGAAUGACCGCUUUCAACGAAACCAAUAGUUGUGUUUUAUCAAUAUUUAUGCUUUUAAAACUGUUAUUAUCAAGAUCAUUUCCGCUUAGCGUUUCAAUGAUAUUGUGAAUGAGGCACGCAUUUGUGCGAGAGUACAUGAAAUAAGCAGUAUCUUUUCUUUUUUUUUUUCCUUUCUGAAAGCAAUAAUAUCGUUCGGAAAUUGUCAUUUGGCCUAAUGUUUGUCACAAUACUGUUGAUUAUGUACAGAAACUCUUAUCCGUUAAGCUAAUAUAUAUUAUUGUGGUGGAAAAAGCAAUUGUUUGUUUUUUUCAGCGGCGUUCGUGUUUUCUGUGUUCCUGGUUUGAUUAAAAUGUCUUGUGAAGUUAGCGCUAUCAUCUCGCGAUAUCUUGAACUGAAAGAAUGUUGUUUUGAAAGUCUAGUUUUGCGGGUGUUA